UUAUUUUAUUUCGCUUCGUUUCCAAGUUACGGCCCCUGAAUUUUGUACAACUCUCCCUGGACCGCUUCCGGUCGCCGGCCCUCGCCUCCUAACUUCGGUUCGGGUGACCUCGGCCCGGGAUGCCCCUCGGCUCGCCCCGGGCUCACGUCCCGAUCGCGGCUUGAGUGGCCCAGGGCGGGGGAACCUGGAAGUUUUAGCCUCGCUGCUCCUGAGGCGGAUUAAUUAGCCCAAGAAACAUUAUAUUCAUUUUUCUGGAUAUGCCGCAGAAGGAUCCGUGCCAGAAACAAGCCUGUGAAAUACAGAAAUGUUUACAAGCCAACAACUACACGGAAUCUAAGUGUCAGGCUGUCAUCCGGGAACUGCGUAAGUGUUGCGCUCCAUAUCCUAAGGGAAGAUCGCUCGUCUGUUCGGGAUUUGAAAGAGAGGAGGAAGAAAAGCUGACACUGAAGCCUACAUCAAAGUAAAGUUCUGCUGAAAAGUUCAAGGCUGCACCAUGUAUCCACCAAGCAAGUUUGUCUCCCUGACUCCUUCUUCAGGCCAGGUAGCAGCAAAUAUCAAAUACAAAAGUCAACUAUAAAAGUUAAUGAAUAUGCCAUCUAUGCAGAACAGAUAGAAAUAUAUUAAAUAUGUAGAAUGUAAUAAAACUGAGCUGCUAAAAUAAACCUGUUACGUGAAAAAUUUUGGUUUGGUACUUGCGAUAUUGUGACUUAUAAGAAAUAUAUAUUUGGUCUUUAUCUCCUUUCCUGGUACACAGCUCCUAAAACCCUUGGAAUUUCCUAAGUGAUAAUAGUGAUAAAGGUGUCUUGUCACAUUAAUGAGGUGACUUUUGCAUAGUAACCUAUGCAUGAACACUGGUUGCCAGGGGAACCAACCCUGUGAUUAGAGGGUUGGAACUUUCAAUCCCACACUCCCCUUACCUCUGGGAAGGGGAGAGGGACUGGAGGUUAAAUCAGUCACCGAUGGCCAAUGAUUUAAUCAGUCAUUACUGUAAUGGAGCCUCUGUAAGAACCAAAAAGGACUGGGUUUGGACAGAAACUCCUGUAUGUGGGACCUUGACCUUUGUACCUC